AUGUCGGACGAAAUUCGCGGAUGGCUCUAUGGAUGGCUUGGCAAGAGAAAGCUUGGUACGCCGGCCUACAAUACCAUGCCAAUGGCAACACGCGGUGGCAAACCACGCUUCAAAUGUGAACUUCGUGUACCAGGACAGCCCCACGUUGGUUUGGGUAUUUCGGCGAACAAAAAAGAUGCGGCAACCAAUGCGGCACGUGAUUUCGCGCAAUUUCUUAUUCGGCAAAAAUUGCUCGAUCCAGCUGAACUUCCCGCACUUACGUCAACAACAAAUUUGGAUGCGUCAGGUUGGGGUACCGGUGCUGAUGGAACCCUGGAGGGUCCUGGUAGCCUGGUGAAGAAGUCGGAAGAUCUCAUGAAGGCAUCAAAUGGCGAAAAUCGAUACCCAGAAAUGGAUACACCAUUUGUACCACCGCCAAAGGUCAAAACGGAGCACGAACGCUACAUAGAGCAGAAAGCGGAAGAGAUUGCGCAGGUACCAUUGAUCAUUUCGCUUCUUUUGCAGCACUUGUUACUUGAAAUGGCUGUUAGUUCAUCUUUGUUAUAGUA